UUCCAGGCUGUCCCAUACACUGAUUAUAGGGGCUCCCUUCAACCUUAUUUUCUCAAUCCCCAAAUUCAAGACUCCAAGCAGAGGACCUGGGAGGACCCAGAGUAGCUAUUUAAUGUGUGUGCAGAGGCAACUAGGGGCUUCAACUGGGAGCGGUCCAGAAAGCGGGUGUAGGAAGCUAGCAGAGCUCCAGCAGGAGUAGAAACCCCGGCCGGCUGGGAAAGGCGUGUCAAACUGGCAGCGGCUUCCGGAGGAGGACUCCGCACAGAAACAACUGUCUGACUGGUUGGUUUUGAGGGCUCCGCUGGGACAUUGCUGUGUUGACCCAAAUUUGACUUUAGGCGGGAACCGCGGCCGGUGUGGAAUUCCUCCGGGAGGUGGGAGCAUCAAGGCUGCACUAAAGGAAGGGGCUCAGGAGACCGGGACCUGUGUCAGCAAGGCAGAAGACCGCAGUUCCUUCGGGAGCGGCGGGAGACUGAUCCUACAGGAACUGAGCGAGCACAGGAUAGACCAGCACCAGCGCGCCCCUCGCGAUCGCAGUUACGCAGAACUCAGUGAGCCGGAGCGGGGCAGAAGGAAGCAGGAGAAUUCCAGAAUCACAGAUUGAACUUCCUGGAACUCAGGGUAUGGAUAAAUUGGGGCAGAUUAUCAACUUAGGCAAGCUCAUCUAUGAACAGUGUGAAAAUAUGAAAUACUGCCGGAAACAGUGCCGGCGUCUAGGAAACCGUGUGCAGGGCCUGCUACAGCCUCUCGAGAAGCUCCAGGCUCAAGGAAAGAAGAACCUGACUGAUGACAUUACUGCUGCCCUGAGCCGUUUUGAGGGAGUCCUGAAGGAGGCUAACCAGCAGAUAGAAAAGUUCAGCAAGAAGUCCAAUAUUUGGAGGUUUGUAACCGCGGGCAGUGAUAAGAUCCUCUUCCAGGAAGUGAAUGAGAAGCUGAGAGACGUCUGGGAGGAGCUCUUGCUGCUGCUUCAGGUUGAUCAAUGGAAGUCCGUUGUUUCAGACAUCAGCCGACCAGGAUCCUGGCAGCAGGAAGAUCGACAGGAUGCAGAGGAAGAUGGAAAUGAAAAUAUGAAAGUUAUUCUGAUGCAGUUGCAAAUCAGUGUGGAAGAAAUCAGCAAAACCCUGAAGCAGUGCUUACUAAAACCCACACAAGAGAUCUCACGAGAUCUCCAAAUCCAGGAGAUUCCAAAGGAACAUCUUGGACCUCCAUGGACCAAACUGAAGACAAAUAAAAUGAGCACAAUUUAUAGAGGAGAGUAUCACAGAUCUCCAGUCACCAUCAAAGUAUUCAACAAUCCCCAGUCCGAAAGUGUUGGAAUAGUGAGGCUCACUUUCCAUGAGGAGAUCAAAACCAUGAAGAAAUUCGAUUCUCCCAACAUCUUGCGUAUAUUUGGGAUUUGUAUCGAUGAAACGGUGAAGCCCCCUGAGUUCUCCAUUGUCAUGGAGUACUGUGAACUUGGAACCCUGAGGGAACUGCUGGAUAGAGAAAAGGACCUCACAAUGAGUCUUCGCAGCUUCCUGGUCCUGAGGGCAGCCAGAGGCUUGUACAGGCUACACCACUCAGAAACACUCCACAGAAACAUCAGCAGCUCCAGCUUCCUGGUAGCCGCAGGUUACCAAGUAAAGCUUGCAGGAUUUGAGUUAAGCAAAACUCAGACUUCCAUCAGCCGGGCGACCAAGAGCACUAAAGCAGAGAGAUUCAGUUCAACAGCAUAUGUCUCCCCUGAGAUGUUGAAAUAUCCAUAUCACAAAUAUGACAUAAAUGCUGAAAUAUAUAGCUUUGGAAUUGUACUCUGGGAAAUUGUUACUGGAAAGAUCCCGUUUGAAGGCUGUGAUUCUAAGAAGAUCUACGAGCUGGUGGCUGAGGAUAAGAAGCAGGAGCCAGUGGGUCCAGACUGUCCCAAGUUGUUGCAGGAAAUCAUUAAUGAGUGCCGGGCCCAGGAACCCUCCCAACGGCCCUCUUUGGAUGGAAUCUUGGAGAGACUGCCUGUGGUUGAAGAACCCACGGACUGAAGGUGAAAGAGGACGAACUGGACAUAUAUCUUUCAUAUCUUUUAGCAGCACCAACUUACUGUUGGAAGCAAAUAUCUUCUUUCUUUCUUCCUUGCUUGCUUGCUUUUUUUCUGCCUUUCUUUUUCUUGAGAUGGGAUCUUACCACAUAGCCCCUGCAAGCGUGGAACUUGCUAUGUAGAACAGGCUGGCUCAAAAGCAAAGAAAUCUUCCGGUUUUGCCUCCUGAAUGCUGAGAUUAAAGGCAUAGACCAUCAAA